AUGAAUCAUCAGCAAGUGGUUUUCCACAAGAGGGUUGCAGCGUUGUUCUUCGCUCUGAAAUCCUCAUCGAAAUUUCUCUUCUUCACCGUGAUAGCUUUGGUGCUCCGCUCGGUCGGCUUCAAUCCGCUGCAAGUUGGGAUUCUCCGUGCGGCCUCGGCUGUGUUCUCAAUAAUUUUCGUCGAAUUCGCCGUGAAUUGCGUGCGCUCACCGAAGAAGCGGAAAUAUCUCGCUCAUUUUUGCCUCGCCUUGGCGUCUGCGAACGUUCUCCUCUAUUCAGUUGCCCCUUCCUCGUACCAGAGGAGCUCUUCGCUCACACCGACACAUUGCGAUCACGGCAACUAUAGCUCGAACGGAACACAGCUCGAAUCGCUCCUCUCAGAUGACCAACCGCAGCCGCCUGUCACCGUCGAGGCAGCGAGUUCUCCGGGUGACGUGAGAACUGCGGCCAGCAUCGCGACACAAUCACCCGUCCGCGGACCUUUCUCGGAUUUCUUCCCGAUGCCGACCCCGACGCUUCCCCUGGCCCGACCUGGAAAUCCGAUCGAUCCAAACGGAAACAUCGGAAUUGACUUGGUAGCCCCCUCCGGUGUCAUAUCGAGACCACCGGACCGAGGAGGCGUAGAACCAGCGUGGGUCAGAGGAAUAAUCGAGGCGCAAGACAACGCGGGUGACGGCGGCUUCUCGAUUCAGGGACAGACACGGAGACGGAGGGAUUCUGAAGGAGGCGCCGAAGUUCUUCCUACGACCCCAGGCGCACCCCUGGCGCAACCCAGCCCCAGAUCAUCCGCUCCCCUCGCCGAGAGUUCCCCCCAGUUCGAUUCAUUCGGGAGCCUGUGGGAAAGCCUGAUGAAUUCCCUAUCGCUCGUGGUUUCCACGCAUAGCUUCGUCCUCGUUUGCGUGGUUGUAGUCAGCGUGGAAGUUUACUUCGCCCUCAUCGACCGUUUUAGUGUUCGACUGUACACGGUUUACUUGGACCAGAUGGAGAAAAACUUCGUCCACUCGCCGUUCGCGCAUGCCAUAACUCUGCUCACCCUGCUGACAGCUGUGCUCGUCUACGUACGCUUCGGGUGCCCGCUGGCUCCCGGCCUCGAGCUGCCGACGGCUCUACUCGGAGCGAGUGGUUUUGUCCUGGCGCUGGCGACGUUGGUGUUUACUUGUUUUCCGAUCCCCGAACGGCAGAAAAUCCUCGAUCGCGCCGCCGCUGACCCCGUCAAAUUGACAGUCUAUGGGGAUUUUAGGACGAUAUUGAUUUUCCUCGCUCUGGUCACUCUCGGCGGAGCGUUCGGAGUCGAACAGAAUUUCCUCCUUUGGCACCUGGUCGAGAGGGGUGCCGACAUCCCCUACGUUUCGGCGUUCAUCGGGAUUCCGGUACUCAUGUCUGGCUUGGUGAUUUCACGAACACCCAAGCGGACCCUGAACGUUCAUCGAUUUCUGAUAGCCGCCCUGCUCAGUGUGAACAUCCGAUUCGUGGCGUAUUCUUUCUAUUCUGAGAACAACGUGAAGUGGUGCAUUUUGUUUGUACAGAUUCUCGCGCCUCUGAGUAGCACUGUUCUGUGGAGAGCCGUCGACAGUUUCCUGCAACAGAUCACAUUCCCGAGCGACCACGCGCCGAUCUCGCGGUCGAUGCGUUUCGGUUUCUGGGGCUUGGGUUUCUCGGGUGGGUCGAUUACAGCCGGAUGCGCGUGGCGGGUCUACGACCCUUCGGUGUUCCUUUUCGUGGUCGGGGUGUCUGUCGGCAUCGUGGCGUUAGCUUUGCUGUCGGUCAAUGUUUGUGCACGGAUCCAGGAUCUGAAGGAACUACACUACACCCGUCUCCUCGAAACGGAUCAUCAGAGCAAACAACCCAUUAAUCACUUCGAGGAAACUGAUUAUUCAGAUGACGAUGAGGACGAUCAAAAUACGGAAUUCGAAGUCACCGCGUCCAAGAAGAUUCGAGUUCUGAGUAGUAGCUAGUCCUCGGAAUCGAUCGCGAUCCUCGAACGGUCCCAUUUUUGUCAAAAAGAGAACACUGUACGAUCAUACUAAGUACAUCAUCGCUCUCGGACCGAACUCCACAUUUUCUUUCGCGAGACGAUGCGAAGUGCCUGAAGAGGAGCUAGAGGCUUCGCGGUAUCUGCGAGACCCCGCGAUGUAAAGACGUCAAGUACGUUGAAUCAGAGAAACGAUUCUAGCCAGAUAUUCGUAGAUAUUCGUACGCUUAGGUAGCUGCCGGGAGGUCGAGCAGAGUCUGACCGGGCGUCGGACGGACCCGACCUCCGUGCAGAAGUCUACCAGAGAUGAGUGAGAUUCUAGUCGCCAGUGAGGAUAGACGCGAGCCGAAGUGGUCCUCAAUGAGACAUGUACAUACAUUAUUUCGAAGACAAAUGAACAGUGCUGACCAUUAUUCUUCGCUGUCGACAUCUGUUUACCGUCGACAGCUGUAUGACAAUUAACGCUUAGUCUUCAACUUGCCGCGAGACGGAUGCGGAAUGCAUCUGCGGAGAUGAAUAUGAAGCACGGAUGGAUGGAUGUAAUGAACGCAGAUCCAUAAGCAUCGACUGAAAGAUUCUGUGCCUGAAUAAAAUUUCGAAAUUCU